ACCACCAAGCGCACCCGCGAGACAUGUGUCCGUGUUGAGUGUCCCAUUGCGCACGGUGACCAGUUUUUUGGUUCAGAAAGGCCAAAAAAUAUAAGAUCGCGACCACGAAAGAUGCGAAUCUUGUGGAUUGCCACAAUAGUGGCAGUGCUCUCCACAUACCAUGCGCAAGCAUCGAGUGAGAAGAGCAAAAGGGCGAUAGCAAGCAAUGGAGGCUAUAUCUAUGAGCCACCAAAUGAAAUAUUCACGCUACCCCCGAGACCAACAUCGAGACCACCAACAGCAGUGACUCAUGGAUAUCCAACAUCGCAUUCAUCAUCAAGCACACUGCGUCCUGUAACAACGGCACCAUAUACUUAUCCAACACCACAAAAAUUCACAACGUCACGCACACCAUCUUAUUCUUAUCCAACCCCAUCACAACCGACAAAAAGUCCACCAUCAAAGACUACAGGAUAUUAUUACGAAACACCUAGUAGGCCAUAUACGCCACCUCAGACAACAUCAUAUGUUCCACCAAGGACUAAUCGUCCUGCAACAACACCAGCAUUUCCACCUCGGCCGACUUUACCACCGCAAAGGCCAACGAUAGGAACAUCUCCAGGGUAUAACUAUCCAACACCUGAAAAUCCACUUACGCUGCCGCCUCAACGACCGUCUCCACGCCCUCAACCACCCAGAACCCCAGCACCACCUCCACCUUUCCCACCACAAACACCAAGGCCUCCAUCUCCUCCGCAGCCACCACGACCUCCCACUCCACCACCAUAUGUACCACCAUCUCCUCCACAACCACCAAGACCUCCAACGCCACCACCAUAUGUACCUCCAUCUCCUCCACAACCACCAAGGCCUCCAACGCCACCACCAUAUGUACCUCCAUCUCCUCCACCACGACCUCCAACACCACCGCCAUAUGUACCACCAUCUCCUCCGCAACCACCGCGACCACCGACGCCACCACCGUAUGUGCCACCAUCUCCACCACAAACACCAAGAACACCACCAACUGGUUACACUUAUAAAACACCAUCACAUCCAUUUACAUAUCCACCUCCUACACCAUCACAGCCUUUAACACAACCACCAAGAACACCACCGCCUGGACCACCAUCAACUGGUUACACUUAUCAAACACCACAAACGCCAAGACCGCCUUUACCUACGCAGCCUCCUCAACCUCCAAGGCCACCUUCUCCACCACGACCACCCGUAACACCACCACCUAAACCACCAACACCGUAUUUACCUCCUUCGCCGCCGCAACCACCACAAACACCAAGACCAACUUUGCCUCCACAACCGCCAAAAACACCAAGACCUCCUUCACCCCCACGGCCGCCUCAAACCCCAAGACCACCUGCUACAUCUGCACCGGGCUAUCUGCCUCCCGUACCACCUACGCCUCCACCAAGACCACCGGUUCCGCCACAGCCACCAAGGCCUCCAACUCCACCACCAUAUGUACCGCCAUCUCCUCCACAACCACCAAGGCCUCCAACUCCACCACCUAAGCCUCCAACCCCACCACCAUAUUUACCCCCAUCUCCUCCACAACCACCAAGGCCUCCAACUCCACCACCAUAUGUACCGCCAUCUCCUCCACAACCACCAAGGCCUCCAACUCCACCACCUAAGCCUCCAACCCCACAACCAUAUUUACCCCCAUCUCCUCCACAACCACCAAGGCCUCCAACUCCACCACCAUAUGUACCCCAUCUNCCUCCAACUCCACCACCUAAGCCUCCAACCCCACCACCAUAUUUACCCCCAUCUCCUCCACAACCACCAAGACCUCCAACUCCACCACCUAGGCCCCCAACCCCACAACCAUAUUUACCCCCAUCUCCUCCACAGCCACCAAGACCUCCAACUCCACCCCCAUAUGUACCUCCAUCUCCUCCACAACCACCGAGACCACCAACUCCACCACCAUAUGUGCCUCCAACUCCGCCACCUAGACCUCCAACUCCGCCACCAUAUAUACCUCCAUCUCCUCCACAACCACCAAGACCACCAACUCCACCACCAUAUGUACCUCCAACUCCACCACCUAAGCCUCCAACCCCACAACCAUAUUUACCCCCAUCUCCUCCACAGCCACCAAAACCUCCAACUCCACCACCAUAUGUACCUCCAUCUCCUCCACAACCACCAAGACCACCAACUCCACCACCAUAUGUACCUCCAUCUCCACCACAGCCACCAAGGCCUCCAACUCCACCACCAUAUGUACCUCCAUCUCCUCCACAACCACCAAGGCCUCCAACUCCCCCACAACCUCCAAAGCCUCCAACUCCACCGCCAUACCUUCCUCCAACAAAGCCUACACCACCGCCUUACCCUAAACCAUCAACGCAAGGUGGCUCGUACUUACCUCCAGACGACCAGACUACUUCAAGGACUACUCCAAGAUAUACCACUGCUCACACAACACCAAGUUCAUUUCCACCAACACAUAGAACUCCAUUUACUACCUUGUCCACAUCUAGUACACCUUAUCAUCCAACAGUACCAAGUACGCGACCUCCACCAUACCUCCCACCCUCUUCUCCCACUACACCACGUGUUACGGUAACUCCACCGCCUCCACCAACUCCAAUUUACACUCUCGUGCCAACAUCGACUAUCUAUACUCCCCCACCUACCGGUAGACCAGCUCCACCACCAACUUUACCACCAACCACGAAGAGGCCUAUCGGUUAUUUCUACGAUGUACCAGAGAAUCCACUGGAAUUACCACCCUUCGUUCGAUGAGGACGGGCAAUGUUUUUGCCCCCUUUUUUGUAAUUUUUAAAUGUAUAGUAUACAAAACUAUUUAUGGAUCACCAUAGGAAAUGAUAAGCAAUCUGUAAUCGAAAAAUGGGUGAAAACGAUAUGACAGGUUUGCUGUAUAUAUUAUAUCCAGUAGCUUGUAUCAUAUACGUUUAACUAGAAUGGUUAUUAUUGUAAGUGUAACGAAUACUUCGAACAAAGUCGUAAAGUAGUUUCCAAUGAAAUGAUUGGAAUGAUAAUAAUUGAUUUAAAAAGCUGAUGAUGCUGUGUUACAUUUGUGUAAGAAAAAUACAGUGAAUAUGAGAUAAAAUAGAUGCACAUAACUUUGUACAUCUGACACACGCAUAUUACAAAAAAAAUAAAAAAUUUGUAUAAAAAAA